GGCCCAACAUAAAACUCCCUUAUCUAAGUAGGACGCUUCAUCACUCAACACAUCACUCCCUGUCCAUUUCUUACAAUUUUCUUGCUUCUCAAUUAACAAUGGCGGGAACUGCGAAUUUCACUAUUUCUUCUUCUUCUUCUUCUUCUUCUGCUUAUUCCAUCUUUCCGACUUCAUCAUCAUCAUCAACUGCUUCAUCGCUCUCGUUCUCUUCAAAACCCUCAUUUCUUCCAUUGCGGAUUUUCCCUAAAACACCUUCGCGUCCCCCUUUUCCCAGGAUAUAUGCAUUGUCCAGUAAUGAUAUCAAAGUGGGUACCAACAUUGAAGUCGAUGGUGCUCCUUGGCGUGUUUUAGAGUUUCUUCAUGUGAAACCUGGAAAGGGUGCAGCAUUUGUCAGGACCAAAAUCCGCAAUUAUAUAACAGGAAAUACUGUUGAGAAAACUUUUCGAGCUGGAUCUGGGAUAGAGGGGGCAGAUGUAUUCAAGGAGACAAAGCAGUUCACGUACAAAGAUGGUGCUCAAUUUGUCUUCAUGGACCUGAAUACUUUUGAAGAGUAUCGUCUCGGUGAGAAAGAUGUUGGUGAUAAGACAAAGUUUCUGAAAGAGGGAAUGGACUGCAAUUUGCUGUUUUGGAACGGGAAGGUUAUUGAUUUUGAACUUCCAAUCACGGUACAGUUGACUGUAGUUGAUGCCGAUCCUGGCCUCAAAGGUGAUACUGCUCAAGGUGGAUCAAAAUCAGUUACUCUGGACACAGGAGUUACAGUAAAUGUUCCGCUGUUCAUUAAUGCUGGUGACGAAAUAUUGGUAGACACAAGAACUGGUCAAUAUAUGAGCAGGGCAUAAGUUUCAGUUCAGACUUCAGAGUUCAAUUUUUGCAUACUACACUCGGAUAGCAGAAGAUUUCCAACCUGAAUUUCCAUAUUUUUAGUAGGGGGAGUCAAUUAAGCAUGUAUUAACAUUUUGGAAAAUUUGCGUAGGAUAUGGUUCUUUUUGUUUCUUAAACUUAA